AUGUAUACCAGCGGCAGCCCGAAUGCUAAUGGGAAGUCCCCACAAAACGAAGCGUCAAUCGUCAAUGAUACGACUCUUCAAGCCGAUCUUACUUUUCUCUCUUCGUUACUAUCUAAAGAGGGCAAAGAUGACAAUGCAGACGUAGAUGUUGUCGCCCUCUUACGACAGCUUGAGACAGCCGAUGGCGUUGCGCAGGGUGUUGAAAGUCGUAUUGAUGGGAUAUUGGGGAGCUUGGACGCACUGCUGGAUUCUUUACAACCUGAUAGCGCGGAAGGUCAAUCAGUCACAGGUGACGCCAAGGAGCAGGAUGGCGCGAAGGGAGAAUGA